UGGAUGAAUUUCCCAUAAGGUUGUUAUAUACCUAACGCUACAUUUGAAAACCUUGGUAACUACGAAACCAAAUUUAGAUCGUAUUCGAAAAUAUCGAAUUUCGCUCGCGUAGAGCGAAAAGCAGCUGUCAGAACGAGCCGUUAAAAUUAAAGUUCCCACAGAGUUUAAAGAACAACAGUUUGCUUUUACUUCUUCGCACGUCUGCCACCUAAAAGUAAAAGAAUCGCAUUUCCGAGCAUUCAGAACUGAUUUACACCAUAGUGUGCCUUAAUACCAUCAUCAGCUAAGAUAUCAUUUCAGCACUUCUUGCGGCUUCAGCUUUAGACGCUGUUUGCCUCGCGUAUUUGUUUUGCUCGACAGUUUGGUUCAACAUGGCGUGCAACAAAGAGAAUCGCAAAUUAUUCACCGUACCGGCAUCGGUAUCUGCGGGCGCAACAAUCGCAUCCCAUUCGGGAACGUUGUUCGGGAAAAAAGGCACCACGGUUGCCGCACCGGUUGCUGCAAACCAAGCGCUUAAAGCCAACGCAUCAAAAGUUGUCGGGAAGGUAGCGGAAGGACAAAGCAUGGGAGUGUUCAAAGCUCCGCAGCUACCACCACCUGUAGUACGAAUAACGGCAGCUAGCAAUAGCAAACCAGCCGCUGAAAAACCAACCACCUCAAAGACUGAAGAAUGCCAACCGGAACCAAUGGAUACAACACCGUCCAGCAGUGAUAAACCGGAUGCUGGACAACCGAGAGCCACCAACCACGAAACUAACCAAACUGCACCACAAAAACCUACCAAAAAGGUGUGGACACUUAGCAACUUCGAUAUCGGUCGACCGUUGGGUCGAGGCAAGUUUGGAAAUGUGUAUCUUGCUCGUGAAAAGGAAACGAAAUUUGUCAUUGCAUUGAAGGUUCUUUUUAAGAAGCAGGUACACGCGCAGGGCAUAGAGCAUCAGGUGCGAAGAGAAAUCGAAAUUCAAUCCCAUUUGCGUCAUCCAAACAUAUUGCGCAUGUACGGAUACUUUCACGACGAGUCACGAAUUUAUCUCAUCUUGGAGUACGCACCGGGUGGUACACUUUUCAAGGAGCAGCAGCAGCAGCCAGGCAAACGGUUCCCCGAGAAACGAUGCGCCAUCUACGUGUACUCGCUUGUAUCCGCGCUGAUCUAUCUGCACGAACGCAACGUUAUACAUCGUGACAUUAAGCCGGAAAACUUACUCCUGGGACAUGGCGGUGAGCUAAAGAUAGCCGAUUUCGGAUGGUCCGUGCACGAGCCGACAUCGUCGCGCACCACACUGUGCGGUACGCUCGAUUAUCUGUCGCCGGAAAUGGUACAAGGCCAACCGCACACCAAAACCGUAGAUCUGUGGAGUCUCGGCGUGCUGGCGUACGAACUGCUGUGCGGAAAGGCACCAUUCUUGGCCAACACUUAUGAGGAAACGUACCGGAAGAUUAUGAAAGUGCAGUACACUGUACCGCCGGAUGUGACGAAGGCAGCUGCUCACUUAAUUUCGCGAUUGCUCGUUAAAGAUCCUGCCAACCGUAUGCCGUUGGAAAAUGUGGCCACCCACCCAUGGAUCCAGCUGCAUGUGGACAAAAAGUAAGCGAAGUGCCAUUUACGUUAGUGUUGCU